CAUUUAUUAUUUCUAUACAUGUUUUGGCUUUCAAACUUCCAUAAUGCCCCUUUCAAGGGUAGAAAACCUCUGGAAAUGUUUUCAUAGCAUGUCAUAAUCAAAGGUAACGCAGUGAGGGCUUCACAACCUGACGUAUAAUAGAGGAGGUGCUUUAACUAAUAAAAACCCUGGAACCAUCUAAUGCAGACAGUUCAAGCAUGGCGAUUGGGUAUCUGUUUACUGGAUUAAGAUUGGCUGUCUGUUUACUGAAGCUAAUGCCAGUGAUUGUCUUGUGUGGCAUUUCACACAGUCUGAUCCAAAUGAUUAAGCCUUUAGAGACUCAGACUAGUGCUCGCGUCACUACAAUGCAUUGCACCCUACAGAGUACCCUCCGUGUACCUACAUUUUCCAUGGAUGGAGACUUUAUUAUUGGAGGUGUUUUCUCCUUACAUUACACAUUUUACACAGUGAUUAAUAACUAUACCACCAGGCCUGAAGCAUCAAGAUGUGCAGGGAGCAUAAUUGCUCGGGAAGUGCGAUAUUCUCGUGCAAUGAUCUUUGCUAUUGAGGAGAUAAACAACAGCACAGAGCUGUUGCCCGGCAUCAAGCUUGGUUAUGAGAUGUAUGACUCAUGCAACUCAGUGACUUCUGCUGUGCCUGUGGCUUUACAACUAUCAAAUGGUCAGGACCCGGAGUUUUACAAAGGCAGCAAUUGUUCCCUAACUGGUAUGGUGGUGGCUGUUGUUGGGGACUCUGGAUCCACACCAUCCAUUAGCAUGUCUCGUAUCUUUGGGCCCUUCAACAUCCCUCUAGUCAGCCACUUUGCCACGUGUGCCUGUCUGUCUAACAAGCAAGAGUAUCCAACUUUCUUCAGAACAAUUCCCAGUGACCAGUUCCAGGCUGAUGCACUGGCCAAGCUGGUGAAACACUUUGGCUGGACUUGGAUAGGAGCUGUCCGCUCAGACUCAGACUAUGGAAAUUAUGGGAUGGCAUCAUUUCUUGCUGCAGCACAGAGAGAGGGAAUUUGUGUGGAGUACUCUGUAUCCAUCUAUCGAACGGACACACGUAGCAAGAUCAAGAAAGUAGCUGACACUAUCAGCAGGUCAACAGCAGUUGUUGUCAUGGCAUUUAUAGACUCUGCAGAUAUGAGUGUUUUGUUAGAGGAGCUGGCUCAUAACCCUCCACCACCUCGUCAGUGGAUAGGAAGUGAGGGCUGGAUAACCGACCUGAACCUGAUGAGACACAGUUUCUGCGCAGGAGCAAUUGGAAUUGCCAUUCAGAAAUCUGUCAUCCCUGGUUUUAGGGAGUUCCUACUGAAUCUUCCUCCCUCUGAAGUGGCUGCCUCCUCAGUGCUGACUGAGUUCUGGGAGGAUGCAUUCAGUUGUAGCCUUAAAAGGAGUGCUGGCCCACAAAGAAAAAUAUGUGAUGGAACUGAAGACAUUAAAAAUCUCAAAAACCCGUACACUGAUACAUCACAGCUUAGAGCCACUAACAUGGUGUACAAGGCUGUUUAUGCAGUAGCUCAUGCUAUACACAAUGCAGUGUGUCAGGAAACUAUUUUUGCCACUAGGUGUGACAAAAACAUCAGACUGGAGUCCAAACAGGUUACAUCUGAGCUAAAGCAAGUAACCUUUUCCAGAAAUGGUUAUCCUGUGUCGUUUGAUGCUAACGGGGAUCCUGUAGCUUUUUAUGAGCUGGUCAACUGGCAGAAGAGUAAGAGUGGAGUUAUUGAGCCAGUAACAGUAGGGUACUUCAAUGCAUCACUGCCAAAAGGCCAGGAGUUUCACAUUAACAAAAACAUAACCUGGGUGGACAGUGGAACAUUAGUCCCAGUAUCAGUGUGCUCUGAGAGUUGUCCUCCAGGAAGUCGUAAAGUCCUGCAGAAAGGGAAACCCAUCUGCUGUUAUGAUUGUAUACCAUGUCCUGAAGGAGAGAUUAGUAACGUCACUGAUUCUCCAGACUGUUCCCCGUGUCCCAGAGAAUCGUGGCCUAAUGCACAAAGAGACGCUUGUUUCCCCAAACCUGUGGAGUUUCUUUCCUAUGAUGAAGUCCUGGCAAUCAUCCUGGCUGCAUUCUCUGUUAGUGGGGCCUGUCUGGCCAUCAUAACAGCAGCUAUUUUCUUUCAUCACAGAACAACUCCAAUUGUCAGAGCCAACAACUCUGAGCUGAGCUUCCUGCUGCUCUUCUCUCUGACUCUGUGUUUCUUAUGUUCAUUAACUUUCAUCGGAGCUCCCUCUGAUUGGUCCUGCAUGCUGCGACACACAGCGUUUGGUAUCACCUUUGUUCUCUGUAUCUCCUGUGUUCUUGGCAAAACUGUAGUGGUUUUAAUGGCCUUUAAAGCUACACUUCCAGGUAGUAAUGUCAUGAAAUGGUUUGGGCCUCCACAGCAAAGAAUGACUGUUGUGUUUUUUACUUUAGUUCAAAUCAUAAUCUGUACUGUGUGGCUGUUACUCAGCCCUCCAUUCCCGAUGAAGAAUCUGAGCACAUACAAGGAGAAGAUCAUCCUGGAAUGUGCAUUAGGUUCUGCUGUUGGGUUCUGGGCUGUGCUCGGGUACAUUGGCCUGCUGGCUGUUUUCUGCUUUGUGUUAGCUGUUCUAGCUCGGAAACUACCUGAUAAUUUUAAUGAAGCCAAGCUGAUAACCUUCAGCAUGCUGAUAUUCUGUGCAGUGUGGCUCACCUUCAUCCCAGCAUAUGUCAGCUCUCCUGGAAAAUUUACUGUAGCUGUGGAGAUAUUUGCUAUUCUGGCCUCCAGUUUUGGACUGAUUCUGUGUAUAUUUGCUCCAAAGUGUUUCAUCAUCUUAUUUCAGCCUGAGAAGAACUCCAAGAAAUUUGUAAUGAAUAAAAAGUAA